GAGGGAUACCAGGGGGACAUCACCUCAGAGCCACGAAUCCUCGUCCUCUCUCUCGGCCUCUUAUACAGAGAUUAAGGAGCACAGAACAAACGGAAGCGGCUGCCCACUACACUACUAGUAUCUCGUACGAUGGUCGGGCGGCUGCUCCUGCUGCUCGCCGUGCUUACCACGCGGCAGCUCGCCGGCGCCGCUGCGGCCUCCAGUUCCAGUUCCAAGGUAGUGACCCGCCUCCCCGGGUUCCAGGGCCGCCUCCCCUUCCACCUCGAGACCGGGUACGUGGAGGUGGACGAGGACAACGGCACGGAGCUGUUCUACUACUUCAUCGAGUCCGAGGCCGGCACGGAGGACGCACCUUUCCUCCUCUGGCUCACCGGCGGCGACCACUGCACCGUAUUCAGCGGCCUCGCCUUCGAGAUCGGUCCUGUCAAGUUCGUCGUAGAGCCAUACAGUGGCACCACACCGAGGCUGGAAAUAAAUCCGCACUCAUGGACGAAGGUGGCGAAUAUCCUUUUCGUUGAUACACCGGUUGGGGCAGGGUUUUCAUUUUCAAGACGACCCCAAGGCUACCAUGUCGGGGAAGUAUCUACCUCAUUGCAGCUCCAUGAGUUCCUCAUCAAGUGGAUCGGCGACCACCCCAAGUUUCUAUCAAGUCCCCUCUACAUCGGGGGAGACUCGUAUGCUGGAAAAAUUGUACCAUUCAUCACACAAAAGAUUUCCGAAGGUAAUGAAGUUGGAAGGAGACCCCUUCUUAACCUCAAGGGCUAUCUAGUAGGUAACCCGGCAACAGGUGAAAGGAUCGACGAAAGCUCCAAAGUGCCUUUUGCUCACGGAUUUGGUAUAAUAUCAGAUCAAUUAUAUGAGACAAUAUUGGGUCAUUGUCAAGGACAAGACUACAAGAAUCCUACAAGCGUGCUGUGUGCCAAAGCUCUGGGUACUUUCCAUAGUCUCCUCUCCGAAGUUAUGUUGGCCCAUAUUUUGCGGGAGAAAUGCGUUUUUUCAUCUGCUGGACCGCAUGCGGAGACGGGCGAUUCGGCUGCCAGUGCCAGUCGGAAGAUCCUAAACGAGGAAGAAGCAGUGAUCGUGACGGGGAAACGGGUAAAACAUCCGCCACCUCGUGUAUCACUUGGCUGUUAUAGCUACACGGCUUACCUGUCGUAUUUCUGGGCAAACGACGCGCUCACCCGAGACGCCCUGGGGAUCAAGGACGGCACAGUGGACGAGUGGGUGAGGUGCCACAGCGGCGACCUGCCGUACGCCGUGGACAUCGGGAGCAGCAUCAGGUACCACCGGAACGUCACCGCCAACGGCUACCGUGCGCUGGUGUACAUCAUGGUUUUGUCAGCUGAAAGACUGAACCUGGCCGGGAUUUGCAUUGGUGUUGGCAGCGGCGACCACGACGCGGUUGUGCCGCAUCUCGGGACGCAGGCGUGGGUGAGGUCGCUCGGCUUCCCCAUCGUCGACCAAUGGAGGGCGUGGCAUCUCGACGACCAGUCUGCCGGAUUCACCAUAAGCUACUCCAACAACAUGACAUUCGCGACAGUAAAGGGAGCCGGGCACACGGCGCCUCAGUACGAGCGGUGCUACGCCAUGUUCAGCCGUUGGAUACUAGACCAGCCACUCUAG